AUGCGAACUGCGCUCAUUAGCGAGCUGCUCUCAUUAGCGAGCUGCGAACGCUCCUUUAACUCCAUCAUAUUAAGUUACGGCUUUAAGUUUACUCAUGUUCUCAUUGCUAAAGAAGUAAGUCCGGUCGAACCGGCGAGUAAAAGAAAGUAUGAGAUAUUCAUGCUAGUACGAAGUCUGCCCAAAGGUAGUAGAGUACGAGGAGAGGGCGUAGAGGGUGUAGAUAAUGAGUCAAAGUGUGUAUUCAAGCAGAGGGAAUACGAAGAUGCGGAAAAGAGGGUCGUAGCUAUGACGUGGUGGAAUAUAGCAUCAAUCGCCGCAGACCAGAGAACUGAGUUAAGUUUGAGAGCUGCCGCUAUUAUGACCGAACACGUUUGUUCUCUCGUCGUAUCGCGGAUGGCUGGUAUUUGCGUACAUAUGACAAGGGAGGAACUCUGUGAUGCUAACCCAGCCGAACAUCAAUUUCUCCAUAUCGGCAAAGCCUCAAUACUUCUGAAGACUACUGCUGAGAGAGUCUCCACACGCUUGCAAGCAAUCCGCCGGAUGGGAGAGUUGUUGUCUGGAGAAAUCCCUCAUUGCUACGCUAUAAGCAGCUACGGUAGAAACUUUUUGAACCUCGCGUUAGCACAUCACCACCUCCUUUCCACAUAUAUCUGCGACAGAUUAAGUCACCGCGUUGUCAUGAAGGACAAGCUUCCAAGGAGAGAGAAUUUAUUCCUAGAAAGCCCAGUCCCGGUUAAUGUAAGUUGGAGUAGAAGAAACCGAAGGUGGAUUUGUGAGGUGCCUUUCGGUAAAGAUAGAUCGGCGGGAAGGACGAUCGCGGGCCCUCAAGUUAGUUGCCUUAUGAAACCUAUCAUCCUAGAUGAUAUAGAAGCGAUCAACCCAAAGGUAUUGCAAGCCCAAAAGCCUGGUCAAAUUUAUGCAUUCAUUGAUGGAUCUUGGGCUUCCCGAAGAGGUAACUCAAAGCGAGAUAUUUGCGACGCUACUUUUACCUCACUAGCUCAGUGGGAUGUCCAAUCUAUAACCGUGGGCCGAAUUGAGAGUGAAAAUCCCCGAAAUGUUUUGGAUGUCAGUCAUACCAAUGGUGUCACUGAAGGGGAUAAGGAUGUCGUCAUGAGGUCCAGUGAAAUGAUCCCUUGGAAGCUAAACACUCUAAACAGUGUUUGUCACGGACUCCAGUCUGUUCGCGUCCAAACAAAUACGAAUCUAAGUUGGUUUUCACUACUUCCUUACAACGCAGGCAUUCGCUGUUCCCGAACCGCCUUCGCUAUUCUUGGCAAAGCGGGUAGCUUCCGUGCCAUUGGCCGGUAUAUCCAUCAGCCCGGAUUGAUCGAAGCUGGACGUCCAGCUACCUCAAUCUUGCCGCUUGAUAGCAUCAAUGCCUGGCUGCGACGUAACCAGUCUAGGCCAGGCGCCGAUGCCGACAUGUUUUUGAAUUGA